GCGAGUACCUGGAGGGGAGGCCUUGCCCUACCUCAGAGGAGCUAUGGAUCGUGGGGUCGUCGUCGAAAACCCCUAUGCCAGUGUGAACAUCCCCCGAACGCAACUGAAGGACGGUUUCCUGAAGUACUAUUUGGGUGAUGACCUGACCCCGGACACUGUCUUCUUCAAUCCCAGCACGCUGCCUACUUAUGCAGUGACCCAGGAGAAAGAGAAUGGCGUGAGCCAGCAGAUGGCCUAUACUGGGUGGGACAGUCAGAAAAUCCAGACCCACGAGACGUGGGCCAGGCCCUAUAAUCCCUAUGCCAGUCUCAAGAUGCCCAAUGGAAGCUCUUCGGAACCAUUCCACUGGAAGAGUCAAGAGGUAGCGAUGACAGGGGGCAGCGACGGGGGGUGCUGCUGCUGCUGCCAGAAGUGUUGCCCUUGCUGCCGGAAAUGCUGUUGCGUCAUUUCCUGA